AUGACUGCUUUCAAUCCCCUUACUGCCAUUCUUACUCAAAACAAACUUGAGGGUCCAAAUUAUGUUGAUUGGAAACGAAAUUUGGAUAUUGUUCUAAUUGCUGAAGAGUACAAAUUUGUGCUUGAUGAGGUGUGUCCAGAAAAACCUGGAGACGAUGCCACAGAUGAUGAACAAAAGGCUUACCAGAAAUGGAUUAAGGCUGAUGAGAUGGCGCGGUGUUACAUUUUGGCAUCCAUGUCGAAUGUUCUGCAACAUCAGCAUCAGCCAAUGGAGUCUGCUUAUGACAUUCUGGAAAAUCUCAAAGAAAUGUUCGGAGAUCAGAAUCGUGCAGCUAAGCAGACUGCCAUGAAAGCCCUUCUGAAUACCAAAAUGGUUGAAGGUUCAUCGGUCAGGGACCAUGUUCUGAAGAUGAUGAGUCUUCUGAAUGAACUGGAGGUCCUUAGAGCUAACAUUGAUAAGGACACGCAGGUUGAAAUGAUCCUGCAGACUUUGCCUGACAGUUUUCAGCAGUUUCGCCUGAAUUAUAACAUGAACAAAAUGGAUUUGUCCCUUGCGAAAUUGCUGAAUGAGCUGCAGUCGGCAGAGACUAUUAUCAAGUCCCAAGCUCCUCCCGUGGCAUUGAAUUUUGAGGCAGCUAGCUCGAAAUGUGUACCUGGAUAUAAGAAAUGUAAGAAGAAGAAGAGAGGAUCAGCAGAGCUCAGAGAAUCAGCAAAGGUAAUCCAACAGCAACACAGCAAUCAACACAGCCAAUUUUUUAGCCCAGAAGUGACUCAGUAA